UUGUGGUAGCAGCUGAGGUAAUCAGUGGAUAUGUUAUCCUUUGCCUUCCCUUCUUAUAUGUUUUAAUGUUUGCAUUGUACGACCAUAUGCUCUGGUACCAAGGUUUUCUAUUUAUGAUCCUUGAUAUAGUAAUAUACUAACUAACUAAAUGUCAAGUUUCACCUUUCAGUGAUUUGUGGAUCACUCAUGUGGACAACCCAAUGGUGCAAGAGCUCCAUCUCCUGCUAAUAAUCCACUACUAGGAUCCUUGCCAAAGGCUGGAGGGUUUCCUCCUCUUGGUGCACAUGGGCCUUUUCAACCUACUCCAGCACCUGUGCCAACACCCCUGGCUGGUUGGAUGUCAAAUCCUACCAUUGUAGCACAUGCUGUAGUUUCUGGAGGAGCCACUAUAGGUCUUGGUACUGCUAUAGGUCUUGGUGCACCAUCAAUCCCUGCUGCUUUGAAGGACCCUAGGACCCCUCCAACUAAUCCUUCUGUUGACUACCCAUCUGGAGAUUCAAAUCAUGUCUCUAAGAGAACAAGACCAAUGGGAAUGUCGGAUGAGGUAAAUCUUCCUGUCAAUGUGUUGUCAGCCACGUUCCCAGGUCAUGGUCAUGGCCAGGCUUUUAAUGCACCAUAUGACUUGCCAAAGACUAUUAUGCGGACUCUUAACCAAGAUUCAUCUCCUAUGAGCAUGGACUUCUAUCCAGUUCAACAGACUAUACUUCUUGUUGGUACAAAUGUUGGGGACAUUGCUUUGUGGGAAGUGGGUUCUAGGGAGUGGUUGGUCUUGAGGAAUUUCAAAGUUUGGGAUCUUAGUGCCUGUUCAAUGCCAUUUCAGGCUGCUCUUAUCAAAGAUCCAGGUGUUUCUGUCAACCGUGUGAUUUGGAGUCCAGAUGGUGCUUUAUUCGGAGUUGCUUACUCAAAGCACAUUGUUCAAAUAUACUCUUAUCAUGGUGGCGGUGAAGUACGACAGCACCUGGAGAUAUUAACAUACGGCUACGCUUUAUAAGUGAUUUCUAUAAUACCUAAGGCUACACUUUUUAAAUGAUGUCAGAAUUGUGUUUCCUUUUCUCUAAAAAAUAGGCAACACUGAAAAAAGCGUAGCCUAUUCUAUGAAUAGGCUACGCUUUUCAAAUGUAGCUUAAAAAAAGUGUGGCUGAAUGGGUGUUUUUCUUGUAGUGAUGUUCCAAAUUUACACGUGACCAAAAGGGACCUUCAUGAUUGCAAUUUGGAAUACAAUAACAGCUGAUAUUAUUUUUGCAUGAUCAAAGCAUUCAUAGGCAACAAGCACAAAUAAUGUCAAAGCUGAGUGAUUGAAACUCCAAAAACCUCACAAAACAAAUCUAGAAUAUGAAAAAAAUUAACACAAGAAGGGAACUGAAUUGGCUUGGUAAACAGUUUGUGCCGAAAGAGAAUGUAACAAACAGGAAAAUCCAAAUAUUCUAAAAUCCAAGCAGCAACCAAAUGAAAUGAAGAUCAAGAAUCAUAAUCAACAUUAUUUAUUUCAACAGCUACAAGUAGAAGUAAUCUAUCUAGCAGCAAGCCAAUUCCUUCUCAAACAAAAUACUACUAUAUUAUUUUUGGCAUGAUCAGAGAAUUCGUAGUGAACAAGGACAAAUAAUGUCAAUUUUGAGUUAUCGAGACUCCAAAGACCUCACAAAACAAAUCUAUGAUAUGAAAGAAAGUACUCAUGACUCAAUCAUAACCAAAAGUAGCUUUGUUGCAAUUAAAAAGUGUAAGUUUGAUCAGUCUGCACGGUGAGGUCCUGCAGACCCAAAUCAUGGUAUAGACCAUGCACAAAUUCACAAACAUUGAAUAAAUUGAUGCAGUUAAUUUCUGUUUUGCAUCACUGGAUUCUAUUCAGGCACAGCGAUAUUUUACUAUAUUUAUAACUAUAUACAAAAAUAAGUGAAAUCAUAGGAUCAAUCCACUUUAUAGGAUCAGCUUUAUUGUGCAAAGAAACAGGAACGAGAGUUAGAUAUGUUGUCCCGUUAAGGUAUUUCAUGAAACUGUUUGUAAGGAGCAGAAGCGUAAACAAGGUGAACUAUGAUGCUAUCACAAUCCCGCCAUACCAUAUGCAACCACACAGAAUUGCCCUACAUAGCAUGGCAGUCAAUAAUACAAAGGGUCCGAAUAAUUAAAGAUUUUGCAAAGACAUAUACUACCUGACAUGGAAUAUCAAUAAAAAUUGUAUCUAUAUAGUCGUUGAAUUGUAACUAUGAAUAAUAAUGAUAUCUUUGCCAACUUUCAUCAACAUUAUUAUAUGUUUUUAAUUAAUACGUUUGCUGACAGAUAAUUUAACAAUUAAAAAUAAGGUGUGAACAAUUUAAUUUUAUAACAAACUAACUAUAUAACAAAGUGCAAUCAGUAGCUUCGAACCCCUUUAUUUCUCUAUUCUUCAACAUGUAACCUCUGUCUUCUUUCUCCCUCUUUCCCAUUUUUUUUAAUUUUUGUUCUGUUUCUCUUAUUUUCUUAUUUGUCUCACUAAAAAAAACCAAGAACAACA